AUGAUGCCCCUAAAAUCCCGGCUGGACCUAGAUGCCCGGAGGAGGAUGUUGAAUUAUGUGAAAUUGAGGGAACCCUAAUAGCGAUAGUGUUCUCUUCCUUAAAUUAGAUUUCACGAAAAAAUUGAAACCAUUUAUUAGAUGAGUGAACUCAAGAAUUGGUUAGUAUGCAAAUUUCAGAUGAUGAGACAACCCAAAAUUUAAUUGGGCAAUCAAUAGAUCCAGAAACAACCAUAUCCUCAUUUUUAGGAUGCAAAAAAAUGCAAUUUAUACUUGAGAUAUGAUUCUAGAUAUUUGAGAGUCAAUACUUGA